AUGAAUUCACAGGACCAUUUCAAGGAUGAUUUUGAAGGCGAAUUUAAACCAAUUAAGUAUUUGCCCAAACGAAAAAUAGACAAAGAAGAGUCAUCAAUCAAUUCUGUGAACCCGAAUGCUAAUAUUAAAAGAAUCAAAAAGGCGUCACUGGUGAUUGGUAUUGAUGACGACAAUACAUAUCUAGACAGCCCAUUGGAUAAAACUAAACAUUCCAAAACAGUACCAGAUGGUCAAUAUGAUGCUAAUGACCAUGCUAUAACUCUUCCAGAGGCUGUAGAAGAUGACAUUGAAACAGUGAAAACCCAAAUACUCGAUCAACUAAAUGGAAAUUUGCAAAUAUUUUCAUCAACUCCUUCCGUAUCUGAAAAAUAUUCUGAAAUCUAUUCGAUAUUUGAGCGAACUAUCAAAGACAAAGAAAGUCACUCUGUGUUAAUGGUAGGACCAAGAUCUAGUGGAAAAACAACGAUUGUUAAAAGCGCCUUAAAAGAGUUAAAUGGCAAUUACAAGGGUGAGUUUAUUUCCAUAUAUUUAAAUUCCUCAGUUCAAACUGAUGACAGUUCCGCUCUUCGAGAAAUAGCAAGACAGUUGGAUAUCAAUGUGAAAAAAGAUGUGGGUGGGUAUGGUUCCGAUUCGAUGGAGUUGACAAAUGAAAAGAUCGGGUAUGCAAAUUUUGAAAAAAAAUCUAUAAAUGACACUUUUUCCAACAUAUUAAGUGUAUUGACCAGCAACAAGGGAGAUCGGGAUGAAAGAAUGCCCUUGGUUUUUGUUAUUGAUGAAUUUGAAAAAUUUACUGUUGACAGUAGACAGACUUUAUUGUAUAAUUUGCUAGAUAUAUCGCAAAGCAGUGCAACUCCAUUAUGUGUUGUUGGGCUAACCACCAAAAUAACGACAAAGGAAGCGUUGGAAAAGAGAGUUAGUAGCAGAUUUUCUCAAAGGGUCAUUUCUUUGGUUCAUGAAGCUUCAUUAGAGAACUUCUGGGAUAACUGUAAAGCGUCACUUUUGUUACAAGAUUCCACCAUUGAUAAAUUGAAAAAUCCAGAGUAUGGAUUACUGUGGAAUAAGCAUGUUGAGCAAUUGUACUGCAAAAAGAACAGUCUUCUUAAAGGCAUGGUUGUUCGUAAUUAUCACACCGCCAAGGAUUAUAGAAAGUUCAACAAUGCCUGUAAAGUGCCUGUUUCAAAGUUGAGUUUACAUCAUACCUACAUUGAGGAAAGCUAUUUUAAAUUGCGUACUACCGGUAGCAACGGGGUGCAGGAUUUGGUGACUUCAUUAUCAGAUUUGGAAUUGCUUUUGGUUAUUGCGGCCGUAAGGUGGAUAGAAAAAUUUGAACUUCAAACCAUAAAUUUUAACUUGGCCUACACAGAAUAUCAAGAGAUGGUCAAAAACUUCAACACUGGUAACGCUAUUGUCAGCUCGACUUCCCUUGACAGCAGAAUUGCUGCAAAUAUCAAAGUGGAUAGAAAGGUUUUAUCCCGAAGGGUGUCGCUAAAUAGUUGGAGCACGUUGUACAAGCUAGGUAUAUUGUUGGACCCUAAAGGUGACUAUGUCGAAGGUCAAUCUAACAACUAUAGCUAUCAUAUCAACAAGAAUUUAAUUAUAGAGGAGAAUCAAAUGGUGUUGGUAGAUAUCACGCUCGAUGAGUUAAAUGGCUUUAUAGAAGACAAGCAUGUGUUCAAACGCUUUGUUAGGUUGUAA